AUGGCUGCGCGAAGGAAAGCUGGGAAGGUUCAGGCUGAGGAACAAUUGUCUCUCAAAGCUGCCUUGGAUCCUAAUGAAAUAGUUUUUGGUGUGUGUCACAUUUAUGCUUCAUUCAACGAUACUUUUGUCCAUGUUACGGAUUCUACUUGUUCCGAAACAAUUGUUCGUGUUACUGGCGGAAUGAAGGUUCGAGCAGAUCGUGACGAAUCCAGUCCAUACGCUGCUAUGCUUGCCGCUCAAGAUGUUGCCGAACGUUGCAAGGCCUUGGGCAUUGGUGCACUUCACGUUCGCAUUCGUGCUACCGGUGGCACCAAGGCUCGUACGCCUAGUCCGGCCGCUCAGUCCGCGUUGCGGGCACUUGCGCGCUCUGGAAUGAGGAUUGGCAGGGUUGAGGAUGUCACCCCAAUUCCCACGGAUAGUACGAGAAGAAAGGGCGGACGUCGCGGUCGCAGACUGUAG